AUGAGAUUCAUCCUUGGCUUUUGUCUUUUGCCUUGGCUACUUUUCAUUCAAUUCCGACUCUCAUCCUCUCAAUAUCUUCCAUCAUAUUCUUCUUUGUGGUCCUCGGCAGCUGUGAUUGCCCCGAAUCCAUACUACUAUGGAUCUUCAGCGAUUCCAGAGAAAUUCUUUGCUCCAAUCCCCGUGGCCGCCCCAGCACCUCAAAUAACUGGAUUUUCGCCUCCGAUCCCCUCCUAUGCACCCAGCUACUUCCCGUACCCUGGAUGGACACAGGCUGUCUCAAUGCCCUAUUUCUCCACCUACAAUCCGUAUAGUUCUACAUAUGGAUAUUAUCCGGAUAGCUACAAGAAAAGGAUGCUGAAGAGGGAG